AUGGAGCAUCUCAACUCUUCCAACAGCUCUGGUUUGAACCCUGCCUCCCAGGCUUCAGACCGCCUGAUUUCAAGUAGCAUCCUGGGGCUUUGCUGUACACUGGGUCUCCCUGGUAAUAUAGCGGUCCUAGCAGUCAUCCUGUGCCACUCGCACCGACGCCUUAACUUCACCUUGUGCCUUAUGCUGAACCUGGCGUCCUCUGACAUUCUUUGCCUUGCUACGGUGCCCUUGUGGAUCCAUACUAUCCUGCAUGGCUGGACCAUGGGCCAAGCCGCCUGCAAACUAGCCACCUUCCUGCUCUACCUCAGCCUGUAUGCUAACGUGCUAACGGUCACUCUACUCGGCAUCCAGCGCUACCUCCAGGUGCUCAAGCCACAGAGGUGGAGUCGUCUGGGGCGCAAAGGAGAGAUAAUGCUGCUUCUGGCCCUGUGGGGGCUCGCAAGUGCCAUGGCAGCCCCCGUUAUGGUAACUCUGGAUGUGAACAUUUGCAAACGGAAAUUCCAACAUCACACUGGCUCUGAUGAUGAAAUAGUAAUUAUUCUCGUGUUGGAGACCCUUCUAGGUUUUGUUGUUCCAUUAACAGUGUUGGUCACAUGCUACUGCUGUCUUCACCGGCGUGUGAAUCAAACGGCACUGUUUAGCAGUGCCAAGCUGACAAGGCUGGUCACCUGCGUGGUGGUCGCCUUCUUCAUCUUCUGGGUCCCUGUGCACAUCGUCAACAUCAUGGACAUUGCCACUGUGGUGCUGCGGGAUUCCCAGUCAGAGCUGCUGAAGUACAGAAUAAGGGUGGCGCGUGUCCUCCGGAGCUUCACAUUUGUCAACAGCUGCCUGAACCCCUUUCUGUAUGCAUUCGCUUCUAGGAGAAUCAGGCAGCAGCCCAAGACCACGUCCAAAAAGGACAUUGGAAUUCAGUCCACAAAGAGCUGA